AUGGAUUACAUUCCUUGUUCUUUCGAUGCCUUCAUCGACAAUUUCUUGGCGUGUUACCGACCCUGCUAUUCCGACUAUCUCCAACAGUUGGUCAGCAACGGGACCUGUGGUACCAACUACACCACCCUAGCCGCCAGCACCGACCGCUCCGAUCUGAAAUGCAUUUGCGAGAACGCGGAUGGGGUCUCUAAUAACUGGACGUCGCAAGUCCUAGAAUGCACGCAUUCUUCGUGUAAUGGAACGUUCAACUACACCCGAUGGGCGGACAGUAUGUGGAGCUACGACAAUAUGUGCUAUUAUGCUUCAGUAGUACGGCGGGCUACAAAACAUGCUCCUCUUCGGCAUCAUCCAAGACAACAUCUAGCGCUGGGCUGUUAA